UGUAACAGAAGUGCCAUUGGUUUCUAUAGUAACGGAUUGAGUGUUUGUCCAGAGAGGGGUCUCAGCGGGCAAUCAAAUGAUUGAAUAAAUCGGCGAUUAUUUUGUGUUUUGUUUUCAUUUAUUUACCAUUUGUUUGAUUCAAGACAUCAGCCAAACAAUGGAUGUCUUUUUGAUGGUCAGACGCAAAAAGAUGACAAUUUUUUUGGACGCCAAAGAGACCACUUCUGUCAUUGAUUUGAAGCGAAUGAUUGGUGGCAUCACAAAGACAUUACCUGAAGAUCAGAGAUUAUUUAAAGACGACGAAGUUAUGGACGACAGGAAGUGCUUAACUGACUAUAAUCUGAACCCAACGACAGCCAAAGCACAGUCACCGGCGACUAUCGGUCUCUGUUAUCGAGACGGAGAGACCGGAAAGUUUGAAAAUCUUGAGAUAACAGUGCUGUCGACGCCUCCAGAACUGCCUGAUGUCAUGAAAUCUCCCGAAACUCAAUGUCAAACACACGAUCAAAGUGUCAAUUGAUUUGAUCUAAACAGAUAUACAGACAAUUUUGGUGUCAAUUUUACGAUAUAAUAAUAAUAAUAAUAUUAAUGAAUUAG